CUUUAAGAGAAAUGAGUUUAUUAUUGGUCAACAUUCUUCCAGACUACGACUAAGUGAAUAAAUAAUUUCAAGUAAAUUUAACAUUUCGGUCGAUAUCUAUCGAAAACUUUGAAGAAAAAAAAAAAAAAAGCAGAAGAAGAAAAAUGUCUGAUUUAAAUUUACAUUUCGCUCGCAAUUGCGCUGAAUUUUGUGUGGAAUUCUUUCAAAAGUUGGCCGCUGGUGGUAUUAAAGAAAAUAUCAUUUUUUCACCGUUUUCGGUACAAAGUUGUGUGGCGCUAGCUUUUGCCGGCGCUCAAGGAGAUACCGCUAAUGAAAUUGCGACUGUUUUAAAAUUUACUUCCAAUUCGGUAUCAGAAGUGGCCAAAACAUUUGAGUAUGUAUUGGAGAAUUAUAAAAACAGUGAACUAUUGAAAAUCGCGAAUAAAAUAUGUGUGCAGCAGGGUAAAGCUAUCAAACCUGAAUACGCUAACCUCGUUAAGACUCAUUUUCAGGCGGAAACAGAAGAAUUGGAUUUCAAUGAAAAUGAGACAGCUGCCGCUAGUAUUAAUGAUUGGGUGGAACAAAAAACAGCCGGCAAAAUUACAGAACUAGUAUCCGCUGAUUGUUUUGACUCGAUGACACGCAUCGUAUUAUUAAACGCUUUACAUUUCAAAGGGUAUUGGGCGAAAAAAUUCGAUAAAAGUCAAACAAUUAAAGAUGAUUUCUGGAUAUCUUCAGAGGAAUCGGUUCAAUUAGAGUAUAUGACGCAAAAGUCUAAAUUUGGUUACGGAUACUUUGAUAAUUUGAAUUGCACCGCUUUGGAAAUGCCGUAUGAAAAUUCCGAUUUAAGUAUGUUUGUGUUAUUGCCUGGUGAACGUGAUGGCUUAAAAAAUUUAGCGGAACAAUUAAAAGAAGUGAAUUUGGUUGAUUUGGCUGCGAAAAUGCACCAAGAAGAAGUCGCAGUGAAGUUUCCGAAAUUCACAGUCAGUUAUCAGACGGAAUUGUCUGAUAUACUUAAGCGGAUGGGUACCAAACGAAUGUUUACCGAUACAGCAGAAUUCGGUAAUAUGUUAGAGAGUCCCGAAGAUUUGCAUGUUUCUAAAGUAUUGCAUAAAGCGUGCAUUGAAGUCAAUGAGGAAGGUACGGAAGCGGCAGCUGCUACCGGUAUAAUAAUGAUGACGAGAAUGAUGUUGUUGCCCACGCAAUUUAUAGCCGAUCAUCCGUUUUUGUAUAUGAUUUGGAAUAAGAGAAACAUUCUAUUUGCUGGAGCCUUUGUUAACGCACCAGAUUCUUAAAAGCGCAAGGAUGGAGUUCGGAGUUGUUUGGCUUAAGCACUUAAAGUAUUAAAUUUACAAUAUUUUUUAUUGCAAAAGUAUUACAUACAUUCAUACAAAUACUAAUUAAAUAGAUUUAGAUAACUUUCACAAUAAACCGCGUACAUAAGCGAAUUUCUAUAGAUUUAUUCACGAAACGCGUUAAGAUUUUCGAACAAAUUUCUUGGCGAAUUUAAGAAUUGAUUUCACCAUUGACUAUAUGGAUAAAUUUAUUUAAGAGAAAAUGCUUAUUAUCUGCUUCUUAUAUACCGAAUUCCCUAAACCAGUUACUUUCAAGCUAGAAAGUGUGCUACUGUCGCUUUUCACAGAAUGUCAGUGAAAGAUGUGUCGUUGGCUAAUGACCUUAGAAUGGAAAAGUUUUGCUUUCUCUAGGGGGAAACUUAUAGAUCACUACUUUAGUUACUGCUACUUUUACUACCGCUAGAGAGGGAGGAGUGUGCGAAUUUUCUUCCCUCUGAAUACCUCCUUCGACUAACCUACCCUGAGCUGAUUAUUAUUAUUAUUUAUUUUUUAUUAUUAAAAAGGAAUUUUUUAGUAGACAAUUUCUGUAAAUCAUUUCUGUGUAAAUGCAAUAAUUUUUUGAGACAAUAUUGCACGCAAUGCAACAGAAACUGACUGAAAAAAC